UUUCUUACUUAAAAACGGUACACUGCAUCCCUGGGUUUACUUGUAGCUUCAGUACACCCCUGCCUGUUUUACAGUUUUAUAAACUAGCAACUGCGUGAUGGGGACCAUGCGUAUUGUUCUGAACAACAUUCUUAUUAAUUCAUUCAGAAUUCGUUCAGCUACAUCAACAGAUACGGGUGUGCAUUUAGUAAAUACCAAACAACUUUACAACUCUAUUGUCUUGUCGGGAGAGAUUCAAACUAGACAGAAUUGCAAUUUCAAAAGUUCACGGAAAGGAUCACAUUUUUUAGCCUGCAACUUUGUAACAAGGUCUUGUGACAAUAUUUCGCCAAGUGUGUAUUUAUCUACAAGGCGUUAUUCGACCAGUGUAAUUAGCAGUGAACUAUACAACCAAGCGUUCAGUUCCUCAAUUCAGGAUCCAGAAAAGUUUUGGAGUGAAGCAGCGCAGAGUAUUACUUGGUUCGAGCAAUGGAGUAAAACAUUGGAUAAUUCCAACCCCCCUUUUACUAAAUGGUUUGUUGAUGGGAAACUUAACAUCUGCUAUAACGCAAUAGACCGGCAUGUUGAAAAUGGACGAGGGGACCAGACUGCCAUCAUCUAUGACAGUCCUGUUACUGGAUCUAAACAGGCCAUCACAUACAGCCAGACACUGGAGCAGGUCUCCCAGUUAGCGGGUGUUCUGGUGAAGCAUGGGGUGCAGAAAGGAGACCGUGUUGUUAUCUAUAUGCCCAUGAUUCCCCAGGCCAUGUUCACCAUGCUGGCCUGCGCAAGGAUAGGAGCCACACACAGCCUGAUAUUUGGCGGUUUUGCAUCAAAGGAGCUGUCAAUCAGAAUUGAGCAUGCCAAGCCCAAAAUAGUGGUGAGUGCAUCCUUUGGCAUUGAGCCUGGCAGAAGAGUGGAAUACAUCCCUCUGCUAGAGAAAGCAAUGGAGCUCUGCAAACACAAACCUCAGAAAGUCCUUAUCUAUAACCGGCCUAACAUGGAGUCUGUUUCCAUGACUGCCGGCCAGUGCCUAUACUGGGAUGAGGAGAUGGCAGCAGCUUGCCCCCAUGACUGUGUCCCUGUGUCCUCAGAUCAUCCUCUUUAUAUUCUGUAUACCUCAGGAACUACAGGACUGCCCAAGGGUAUUGUUCGAGAUACAGGUGGUUAUGCAGUGAUGUUGAAUUGGACUAUGUCAAAUGUGUAUGGUCUCAGUCCUGGAGAGGUCUGGUGGGCAGCUUCUGACCUGGGCUGGGUAGUCGGGCACUCCUAUAUCUGCUAUGCGCCUUUGCUUCAUGGCAACACUACCGUUCUGUAUGAGGGCAAGCCCGUGGGGACCCCAGAUGCCGGAGCAUUUUUCCGUUUGAUAUCGGAGCAUGGCGUGGCAGCCAUGUUCACCGCCCCAACAGCAAUCCGAGCAAUCCGCCAGCAUGACCCCCAGGCAGCCCUGGGGAGACAGCAUCCCCUAACAAGGAUGCGGACGCUCUUUGUUGCUGGUGAACGCUGUGAUGCGGACACUUUGGGCUGGGCGAAGAAAACGUUCAAGGUUCCUGUCCUGGACCACUGGUGGCAGACUGAAAGUGGAUCCCCAAUAACAGCCUCUUGCAUCGGCCUUGGAAAUUCUCUGACCCCACCUGCUGGACAAGCUGGCAAACCUGUACCAGGAUACAAUGUCAUGGUCCUGGACUACAGCAUGCAGAAAGUGAAGUCGAAGACUCUGGGAAACAUUGUGGUAAAGUUGCCACUGCCUCCAGGUGCAGUAACCACUCUCUGGGAAAACGACGGCAUCUUCAGUGAACUCUAUUUCACCACGUUUCCUGGUUACUAUGACACCAUGGAUGCAGGCUACAUGGAUGAGGAGAAUUACUUGUACGUCAUGUCUCGUGUUGAUGAUGUAAUCAAUGUUGCUGGCCACAGGAUUUCCACAGGGGCACUGGAGGAGUCCAUUCUGCACCACUCAGCUGUGGCAGACUGUGCUGUUGUUGGACUGGAAGAUUCCUUGAAAGGUCACAUUCCUCUAGCCUUGUGUGUUUUAAAAAACGGUGUGAACAAGGCAGAAGAGGACCUUGUGGCAGAGAUAGUCAGUCUCGUCAGAGAGAGUAUAGGUCCAGUGGCAGCCUUCAGGAAGGCCAUUUUCGUGAAGCGGUUGCCAAAGACUCGUUCCGGAAAGAUCCCUCGCUCCACACUCUCCGCACUAGUGAAUGGCAAGCCUUACAAGGUAACUCCUACCAUUGAGGACCCAGUUGUGUUUGAAGAAAUAGAAGAGGUCCUUCAGCAGAAACUGUAACUGCCAUAAUCAUGGAUGUCAAGCAAGAAUCUGACUUCUUUACUGCUGAGCAACAAUCAAACGUACUGGUAACUUCAGAAUGAAGACAUGCAUUCCAUGGAAUAUACAAGUGUAUCGCCUCUUUGACUUCUGCCUAAUUAGAGAUUAGAGUCUUGAUGGUCGUGUAACUACAAGGCUCUAUCGCCUGAUUUUCCUUUAACUGAAAUAUCCAGCUUUUGAUGAUAAUACAUUUCCUUUUUUUUUUUUUUAAAUGUACGCUUUUCACUUAUUAGAAACAUGGGAGUUAAUGUGGGUGUUUUUCUCUCGUUUUCGAAACAUUGCACCUAAUAUAAAGCUACAUUUUCUGUUUUUUUUUUGUACACCCUCAGUUCUGUUUCCCCUCUCCCCUCCCUCUCUCAGGCACAACUAAUUUGUUUUAGGUUAUUUUCUUGGGAUCCAAAAAAGUCUCAGCAGUGAAAUUGACCAAGUUUUCUAUCAGUGCUGCUAAAAUAAGCAUUAUUGGCAAACAUUUUGUUACAUGUAUUGUGCAAUGUUUCUGAUCUUAAUUGCAGGAUUUCACAUGUUUUAAAUCACUGACCUUUUGACACAUCCUGGCAACUGCUUUUAGAUGUAUCUAGUAUUGCACUGCUGACCGUGGAGUGUUGAUAGCAGGGUGAGAGACACAAGCAUGCAAAGAGAAAGCCAGCACGGAACGGGCAGUCGUGCAAAACACCCUCUCAGGUGUGUCCCCUAGCUCCUCCAUUACACACGAUGCGCAGAGAGAAAUCUGCUGCUUUUCAUUUUCACUCGCUUGUAUUAAAGUAGAUUAUUUUCAGCUGGAGAUGUUCCUAGUAAUCCAUGCUUACUUUCCCUGAUUUUAGUAUAUUCUGCUAAACUGCCCGAAAUGUUGUCCCCAAAAGUUGAGUGCAAGUUCCACACUGUUAGUAAUGUAAGUAUUGAGAUGCAUUAUAGACAAUCCAUGGCUUAUUAAGCAGUACUGCCUGUAAAUACUGUUUGAUAGCCUUUUUAAACUGUAAAAAAAGAUUAGGAUGAAUUUAACAAAAUCUUUUAUGGAACAUUAUAAAAAGAAAUGCUAAAGCUGCUUUAAAAAUCUGACUUUUUUUCUUUUCUUUGUAGAAAAAAAAGGUUAACUGUUAAAUCCACCAUAGAAACAAUUUGUCUGUACUAAAUUUAAGUAUGUUUAUAUAUAUAUAUAUAUAUAUAUGUGACAAGUAAACAAUCUUUUGUUUUGCAUUUUUUAUUUCUAAGGAUGUUAUAUAAAAGGAGUUUUCUACUAACAGUAUAUUUGAUAUACUUCUGUCUUUAAAAGAUAAACCAUGGUUAAAGCAGUAUCAAUGUAACCACUGUACUGGUCCGAGAUCCACUUUUCAGUGUCUUGUAUGGUUAGCUCCAGGGUUUUUUUUUUUUUUUUUUUUUUUUCACGUGACAAAACUGUACAA